AUGUGUUAUGAUUGCAAUGAGCUCAUCUGCACAUUGUGUCUCACCGCUGAUCAUAUUACACAUGACGUUGAGCAUGUCGACAGCUUAAAGACACAGCUCACAAGUGACAAGAGGAUAAAGAGGUUUGACACUCGACUCGAUACACUCUGGGACACAUUGCAACAAUUGGCAUGGUCCUAUGACACCAUUCAGAUCUCACACAGACGAGUUGCCAAUCAGUUCAGAGAGUUGCAUGAGUAUCUCAUGAGGAAGGAGCAAUGGCUCAAGAAGGACCUCGAUGAUGAGCUUGACAAGACAGCAACAUCAAUCAACAACAUCAUCAAUGAGAUUGCCAACAUUAAAGCACACGCCACCAACAACAAGGUGAACGACAUCAAUCACAAUGAUGAAGAUGGCGAUGGAGUUGACAUGAAGAGUACAUUGGUGCGAUCGAUUCAAACAUCAAAGUCAAUGGAUCAAUUCAUCGACAAGCAGUUCAAGUCAUGCGACGAUGAUGUCACGAUUGGUGAUGAUCAAUUGUUGGACUUUGUUCGAAGAGCAUCACAGGCAAUUCAGGCUGUUCACACUGUCUCCAAACCAAUACGAUUCGAGUUUGAUUCACAUAUGUUGGAGAGAGGUAUCGUGGAGCUCUUUGAUAAGUACAUCUUCGAGGACCAACCAACAAGGAUUGAACAUGGAUUCAGGAAUCACAUCUUCUCACUGAGGAGUGACUCAUGUUCGAUGCUCUCAUUGGACACUGGUGAGUGGACUAUGAUCAAUGUCAAAUACACAGAAAGAGAGCGCAUAUUCAGAUCGGUUGUAUAUGCACGAGACAGUGUCUAUGUGUUUGGAGGUCAAGGAUCACCCAACACAUACUCUCGCUUCUCACUCAUCGAUCAAAAGUGGCACAAUGACCUGAAGAUCAUCGGUGUCGAAGGAGGCGAAAGCAUAUCAACAUGUUACGAUGGUGACAAUCUCAUCUACUUGGUCGGUGGAUUCCACAAUGGAAAAGUGUUGAAUCGAGUUGAUUGUUUCAACAUUGACACUCAACAAUUCUCGUCAGUUGGACGAUUGAGUGUGCGAACCAAAGAAUCACUCUCAUUCAUCGUCAGGAAUAGGAUCGUUAUCGUUGGUGGAAAUGUUGAUGCCAGGUGUACGAUGUCACUCACAGACACCAUGGAAUUCAAUAUUGACACCAAGAAAUGUCACGUCAUCCUCAAGACUGAAUUCGAUCCUGGCACUGGAAAGAAUGAAAGAUUCUCAGAGCUGCUAGGCAAAUGGAUAACAAUCGAUGACAAGGACCCUGUUGAGUCAAGGUCAUUCUUUGGAACAUGUCAUAUCUAUCAUUGA